UUUUUUUUUUUUCUUUAUUCAUUUUACUUUUUUUUUUUUUCUUGCAUACACAUCAUGUCAUUAAGAUCCAUAAAAUCAACUCGUGAACUUAUUUCUCAAUUAUCCUCAGGUGUUGGGUCCAGCAAACUCCCAUCCUCUAUUACAAAAAUAUCAUUGACAUACGCUUUUAAAGGAAAGAAUGAAAGUGCUGGCGCAAAGCAUUUUCUUCAUGAAACUUUACCACGUAUGCAAUAUAAUAAUCCUUCUGUUUUAUUUGAACUUAACAAAUCAGCCGAUCCUACCACAAAACCAGUUGUUACCGUACAUUUUGGUGAAAAAUCUUCUACAAUCGAUAUUCCUCGUUUACACUCUGAUACGAUAUGCGAAAAGGUCAUGGAUGCCAAACCAUAGAUAUAAUUUUAGUUUAGAUGGUUAGAAUAGAAUGAUUGCAGUGUGAUAUAUAUAUAUAUAUGUAUGGAUAUAUAUGAUGUACAGAAAGAAAAUCAAUCAACAAAUAAAACAUUCUUGACAAUACAUAUGCAC